AGGCUCGCACUUCGACAGUGGUGCUGGGAGUGUCGCGGACGCAGAGCCGUUACUCGCAGUUGGGCGGCGGCGGUGGCGGCGGUGGCGGUGGCAUAGCGCUCAGCGCUCACAGCGCCUUAGCAGCAGCAGCAGCAGCAGUAGUAGCAGAGGCACCCCUGCGGUCACAGCCCCGGCGCAGGUGCAGCCACCCUUGUUCUCUCUGCUCUUCCUCCGUUUGCUCGCACCAUGGCUGAUCAGCUGACCGAAGAACAGAUUGCUGAAUUCAAGGAAGCUUUCUCCCUAUUUGACAAAGAUGGCGAUGGCACCAUCACAACAAAGGAACUUGGAACUGUCAUGAGGUCACUGGGUCAGAACCCAACAGAAGCCGAAUUGCAGGAUAUGAUCAACGAAGUGGACGCUGAUGGGAAUGGCACCAUUGACUUCCCAGAAUUUUUGACUAUGAUGGCUAGAAAAAUGAAAGAUACAGACAGUGAAGAAGAAAUCCGCGAGGCAUUCCGAGUCUUUGACAAGGAUGGCAAUGGUUACAUCAGUGCUGCAGAGCUACGUCACGUCAUGACAAACUUAGGAGAAAAACUAACAGAUGAAGAAGUAGAUGAAAUGAUCAGAGAAGCAGAUAUUGAUGGAGAUGGACAAGUCAACUACGAAGAAUUCGUACAGAUGAUGACUGCAAAAUGAAGACCUACUUUCAACUCCUUUUUUCCCCCCUCUAGAAGAAUCAAAUUGAUCUUUUACUUACCUCUUGCAAAAAAAAAAAAAAAUUCAUUUACUCAUUCUGUUUCUAUAUAGCAAAACUGAAUGUCAAGAGUACCUUCUGUCCACACACACAAAAAAUCUGCAUGUAUUGAUUGGUGGUCCUGUCCCCUAAAGAUCAAGCUACAUCAGUUUUCCGAUAUAAAUACUUGUCCUACCUUAAUGAUAAGGAAGCACUUAGUGGACACCUGGCAGGUCCGUCCGCUCAUGGUUAAUACACUGUUUGGGCUGGCCAGUUUUUCAUGCAUGCAGCUUGACAGUUGAGCACAGUCAGGCGUUUGUAUUAAAAAUGAAAAACAAAAAAACAAAUUCAAAGCCUGCUCAAAGGGGCUCUAGUUCAAUUUGUUACCAUAAACCAUAAAAGCUGGUUUACUGAAAACAGACAUUGAAGAUUGGUUUACCUCAGGAUGCUGUGGAAGAGAAACUGUCCAGGCAUAGCCCCACUAGCAGGAUGGCCCUCUUGUAACUUCCCCGUGCCCCUACCUGUCGUGACCGGGACACACCCUGGUGGCAUGCCCACGUGUGUUGGUUUAGCCUUGUGUGCAUUGUGCUAGAGCGGAGUGGGUGUCAGGCUAUCACCAUUCAUACAAAUUUUUAAAAACCUUUAUCAAGGGAGCAUCUUUGGACUCUCUGUUUUUAAAACCUUCUGAACCAUGACUUGGAGCCAGCAGAGUAGGCUGUGGCUGUGGACUUCAGCACAACCAUCAACAUUGCUGUUCAAGAAAUUACAAUUUACGUCCAUUCCAAGUUGUAAAUGCUAGUUUUUUUUUUUUCCAAUAAAAAGACCAUUAACUUAAAGUGGUGUUAAAUGCUUUGUAAAGCUGAGAUCUAAACGGGGACAAGGCAGUUGGAGGGGAGGCAAGUGUACCUUUAAAUGCCCACAGCCCAGCAUUGGGUUUCCCUCCCUCCCUCCCUCCUGAAAUCCCAGCACCAACUGCUGAGCCUGAGACCUUGCCUAAAACCAAGCAGAUGCCGAUUGCUUCAUCUUAUUUAUGGACAUGUAGGUCUACUUGUAUUUUCACUGGGGGGGAGGGGGGAAAGUGAAUUAUGGUAACUUAAUGAUUAUUCAGGCGGUAGAGCUCUUAAUGAAGGAAAAAAACCACUUUCUCUCAAGCAUGUAUUUAGGGGUUCUUAUCAAUUGUGCUGCUGAUUACCUGUUUUAUGUAACUACUUGAGACCAUCUGUGCAAAAGACAUGAUUUAGUGUGUCUGUAAUUCAAUCCUCGCUGUGUGUGGUAGAAGCAGUCACUUUUCUAAGCCAGGCUUUUCAUGCCUAAAAGACACUACCAGUCACCUUUUGAUUCACAGUUUUUAAUUUAUGAUUAUACUUACCUUAGACUCCUUUUCCUUUUUCUUUUUGUUUUUUUCGGUUGACUUGACUUUGCUUCCCCACCCCCCAAGUAGAACGAAUGCUAGCUCCCAGCUUGAAAGUAACACUCCCAGCCCAGAGGGAAUUUUGUGUUUCUUGAUAAACCUGUAACCAAAACUCAGAGAUGCUGGUACUGGUCUUUGCAGUGGGAUUGGUUUGCUUAAAAGCUCCCUAAGAGGCGUUUGGAUUUAGUGCAGACCUCUUUUUGAAGUGAAGGCUGAAUGUGCAUUUUUCAGGGUGUUAACUUGGUUGUAUCUUAUUAGCGAGGAGAUUUGGAUUUUGAGUGUUUCUGUGAGAAGUUUUACUUUGCCAGGGAACAGCGGCAGGCUGCUAGUGAGGCAGUGAGAAGCUCUUGGCAGCCAAAUGGGUGCAUUCGGGGCUGUUUUACGGAGACCCUCAGCUUCUCCCUCUCCUACUUCUUGUCUCUCUGGCACUUUGCAGCUCUUUAGUUUUCCCGCCAGAGGGGUGGGUCAGAGCAGUGGAGAGGAGCCUGCCCAUCUGCCUUUGCUGCUGGUCCUUAGACCCGGUGGUUAGAAGAAGAGAGGUUGACGUCAUGAGCUGGGCUUGGCUUUCACAACUCCUUGAAUCUGGAAGGAACAUGUCAGAAUACCUCGGGGGUUUUCUUCUGGUGAGACAGGACUGGGGUUUCUCCUUCGAGUAAGUUAAUAACCUGGAUGUUUCUUGCAGGGAGGUCAAGUAGCCUGACUGUUGACCCACUCUCAGGCCUGUGGCCGAUGACCUCCUGGUAGUUUUAAAAAGGGUUGAGGGCGAUUUGGCUUGUUUUUCAGAAACUUUGCCUUCUAUCUUACCCUUUCACCAAGUUUUUUUUCUAGAAGCUGGGUGGACUCCAUGUUAGUGGUCCUGCAGUCUUUCCUAAAAGACUACUCUUGAAACCAGAUUCUUGAAUGGCCCGGAUCCUGUACGGGAACCAGAAACCUUUCCCCCAGGGGAUGCUGAGUUCCACUUUGGUGCACCGGGAACUCAGUCCACUGUAGCCUUUCUCUCUGGCCUUUGAGGGGGACGACCAGCCCAGGGGUUGAGUGUUUGCAGUCUGCAGGGGUUUGUGAGAGGAAAUGGCUGGAAUGAGGUGGCAGUACUGUGAAAGUUGGUCAGCACCUUCCUGUAAACUCUUGCCCUACUUCUAACUGCUCUAUAAAUAUAUAUAUAUAUAUAUAUAUACACACACAUAUAUAUAUAUAUAUACACACACACACAUAUAUAAAGUGACUAGUUUAACUGGCAUCCCGCAGGAGCCUGAGACUUGCCAUAAAAAACUGCUGAGUCCUUGGCAUAUACCUUCAUAGUUUUGUUCUCCAUCUGUUCAGGGUAGGUGUCAAGCAAGGUAAAUGUAUCUUGAUAUUUCAGAUGGACUUUUGAUGUACUGUUGCCAAGGAAGGUUUUUUUCUGAUUUUUUGGCAAACGAAUUUUUGCACACUUUAAAUUGGUGUCUUUCGGCAACUUAAAACACAUUGAAAAUUAGCUACUGUACAUAUUUUUAUAUUCUCUUUAUAAAUGCAUGUCUGACUGUACUUGUAACCAUAUUGUAACACGUGGCCGCCCAGUAGGCCUCGUGCUGCUGUGGCCCCGUCGGAGUAGCAGCAUAUUAGCAGCCCCUCAGCAUACUGGGAACUUCUUCCUAAACAAAGAAUGUAAAUUUGGUCAAGUCUGCUCUUGGUUCAUUCAAUUAUUUUUAACAUUUGAAUUAAUUAUUGUAUAUCCUAAAUACAUUUAUCCUUUUGGCAGUGACUAGAUUCCACGAAUGUGUCUUAAUCUAUCCCUUCAGCUGGCGGUUACUAUUAUCUUUUUUGAUCCCUUGAAGUUACCCUGUAGGAGACAGAAAUUCUUUGCUGUCUGUAUUCCUCAGAGUGAGAAGGUAGUGGCAUGGGUGGAGUGUGUGUUCUUUCUCCAAAUCUAUUAUAAUGUUCAUUAAACAUGUCUGUAGCAAAGAUGGUGGUAGUUCUUUUGUUACCGAAGUCACCCUUCACCGUGGCGAUUUGCGAAGGAGAUGUACUCGAACGUUUCUGUAAAUCGUGAGAUGAACUGUUUGGAGAUUUAACCACCUCUCUGAUGGGGGACCAACUCUAUGGAAAUUGUAAAUAAGUUCUAUUUAUAAACCUGGCACUGUAUUCAAUAAACAUUUCUGCAGCCUUUCAUCUCUAA